AUGGCUUUACCACGGAAAAUCACACGACUUUUCUCCAAAUUACAGAAACAAAAAUCAGGACCAAAAAAGUUGAGAAUUGACACUUCAAGGAAUUCAAGAUUCCCACAACCUUUAUCACCAUCUUUAUCAGGAUCCCCACCACCUUUAUCAGGAUCCCCACCACCUUUAUCAAGAUCCCCACCACCUUUAUCACCAUCUUUAUCAGGAUCUCCACCACCUUUAUUAGGAUAUGAGAUUAAAUCACCAAAAUCUUUAUUAGGAUCAGAUAUUAAAUCACCACGACCUUUAUCAGAAUCUGAUAUUAAAUUUAUAAUUCCACCAGAAAUUUUCAUAGAAAUAUGUUUACAUCUUGCACCACAAGAUCUUUACUCUCUUUCAACUGUAUGCAAAUAUUUUCGAAAUAUUUUAUGGUCAACUUCAAAUACUACACAAACAAUUUGGGAAAAAUCUAGAAUUAAAUAUUCAAGUUAUUUAAAAUUACCACCUCCAUUUGAUAUGACAGAACAAGAAUACAUUUGGUUAACCUUAUUACCAAAAAAUUGUCAAUUUUGUUCAAAACCUUAUAAACAAUAUUUAUACAAUAUUUGGCCUUCUAGAAUUGUUGCAUGCGAAUCUUGUUUUAGAAAAAAUACUAUUUACACCAUAAAAGACGAUCGACCACGAUGCAUUCCUCGAGAAAUUUUUAAUUGUAUUCCACACACGAGAUAUUUUUAUUAUGAAAUUUUUGUAAUUUAUUGGAUCUCAGACAUAGAACUUGCAAAAGAAGAAUACAAUUCAUUAGAUAAAAGUCAAAGAGAAGAAUGGAUUGGAGAACGAACAGAACAAGUUAAAAGAGCCAAAGAAGUGCUUAAUUUAUAUUUUCAACAAGAUUAUCAAGAGGUUUAUAAAUGUGGUGUUUUUAAUCCUAAUCGUACUAAUAACGAACCUCGAAAAAAAUUUUAA